AAGUCUCCUAAUUUGAUUCCCUGUCUCCAGAUCUGUUCUCUCGCCAAAGGGAUCCAUGUGUUAGUCUGAUAUAAUCUCAAUGCAUUUCUUCCCAUAACUUUCAGUAACUCCCAAUUACCUGCAGCGUUGAAUUGGUAGUCCAUAAUCUGUAUCAAGCUCACUCCUCCAAAUGUAACCUCUUUCAUUCAUGGUAUGGGAAAUGCCAGGGCGUCUAUUAGCUGGUUUGUCCUCUUCCUCCUUGCUGGGACUUCACCUGUCUUCUUGUAGCUUCAACGAAUAGCACUUUUCUCUUGUCCCUGAGAUACAGGAAGUCCCUGGUCUGCAGUACCUCGCCCUCCACCCAUCAAUAGCCCUUAAUUCAUUCAACCAGCGGCUUGAGGGCACCAGUUGUUGCUGGGAUGAGGUGCAUCACUCACCGCUAUUUAUGGUCUAGAUUGCUUUUUGCCUUUUCAAGUAAGUGGAUUCCACCAAGAGCUCCUGGAGCUAGGGCCAGCUCUUCUCAGCUUCAGUAAGUAAAUGAUGAGUUACUAUUUUUCCUUUUAAGAGGCUGCUCCUGGAGCCUGACUCAAAUUGAAUAGGCCAGAACAUACUCGUCACAAGAUCUGACCCACUGCGUGAUCACAGGUCAGGUGAGGGAGGGUCGACUAAAAGCCAUAAUUCUAUUAGGGAACGUGCUCCGUUAAGUCAACCUGGACCUGGGACCUGGGCCCCAAACUCAGCGGCGUGUGGGCCGCGGCGUCCUGCAGGCCAGGACUACUUUUGGCCCUUCGCAGCCGCCGUCCACAGCGCCCCGCUGAGCCCCAAAGCCCUUGGAGAGGACCGGCUCACGCUCCGCACUGCCAGACCCCCACCACCGCUCUCCGUGCAGGACAGACGAUGAAGUUGAAGGAACUUGAGCGACCAGCUGUCCAAGUGUGGAGCCCAGCCAGCCAGUACCCUGUGUAUCUGGCCACAGGAACAUCUGCGCAGCAGCUAGAUGCCUCCUUUAGCACAAAUGGCACAUUGGAAAUCUUUGAGGUUGAUUUCAGGGACCCCUCUCUGGACUUGAAACGCAAGGGCAUCCUUUCUGCCUCCAGCAGGUUUCACAAGCUGAUCUGGGGGAGCUUUGGCAAUGGGCUUCUGGAAGGCUCCGGGGUUAUUGCAGGCGGCGGGGACAAUGGCAUGCUUACUCUAUACAAUGUGACCCACAUCCUGUCUUCGGGAAAGGAGCCUGUGAUUGCCCAGAGACAGAAGCACACGGGGGCUGUCAGAGCCCUUGACUUUAAUCCUUUCCAGGGCAACCUCCUGGCCUCAGGGGCCAAUGAUUCUGAAAUCUUCAUUUGGGAUUUGAAUAACUUGAGUGUGCCAAUGACCCCGGGUUCCAAGUCACAGCAGCCCCCAGAAGACAUCAAGGCACUCUCUUGGAACCGCCAAGUUCAACACAUUCUGUCUUCUGCUCACCCCAGCGGCAAGGCAGUCGUGUGGGAUCUCAGGAAGAAUGAACCUAUCAUCAAAGUCAGUGAUCACAGCAACAGGAUGCACUGCUCAGGCCUGGCCUGGCACCCAGACAUAGCCACCCAGUUGGUGCUAUGUUCAGAAGAUGAUCGUCUUCCAGUGAUUCAGCUGUGGGACUUGCGCUUUGCCUCCUCGCCCCUCAACGUGCUAGAGAGUCACAGCAGGGGAAUCUUGUCAGUAUCAUGGAGUCAGGCUGAUGCUGAGCUGCUGCUCAGUAGUGCCAAGGACAGCCAGAUCUUGUGUUGGAACCUUGGGAGCAGUGAGGUGGUGUAUAAGCUGCCCACACAGAGCAGCUGGUGCUUUGAUGUGCAGUGGUGCCCUCGGGAUCCUCCAGUGUUCUCUGCUGCCUCCUUUGACGGCUGGAUCAGUUUAUACUCCGUGAUGGGUAGGAACUGGGAAGUCCAGCAGAUGAGACAGGCUGACAAGAUCUCUUCUUCCUUCAGCAAAGGCCAGCCUCUCCCACCAUUGCAGGUGCCAGAGCAAGUGGUCCAAGCAUCACUGAUACCUCCUCUGAAAAAACCCCCCAAAUGGAUGAGAAGGCCAGCAGGCGUUUCGUUUGCUUUUGGGGGGAAGCUGGUUACCUUUGGCCUUCCCAGCACGACUGCCCAUCAGGUGCCACAGCCUCGUCUCCACCUGGUGUUCAUCAGUCAGGUCACCACGGAACCCGAAUUCCUGACACAGUCAGCUGAGCUGCAGGAAGCCUUGGGAUCAGGAAAUGUCCUGAAUUACUGUCAGAACAAGAUCCAGCAAGCGACACUGCCAAGUGAAAAGAUGCUCUGGCAGUUCCUGAAGGUGACCCUAGAGAAGGACUCCAGAAUGAAAUUCCUAAAGCUACUAGGAUACAAUAAAGAUGAGCUUCAGAAGAAGGUGGCCACGUGGUUGAAGAGUGAUUUGGGGCUGGGUGAAAGCCCUCAGCCCAAGGAAGAUGCCCCCAACAGUAGCAGACGACAGGCCUUCUGCAGCCAGACCUCUGAACAUAGCGCAGAGGAAGCCUCUGCCUCCUCAUCCUUCUUUGAUGAGCUGGUCCCUCAGAACAUAACUCCAUGGGAGAUCCCCAUCACAGAAGACACAGAUGGACUCCUGAGCCAGGCUCUCCUGCUUGGAGAACUGGGCCCCGCUGUGGAGCUGUGUCUGAAGGAGGAGCGCUUUGCUGAUGCCAUCAUCCUGGCCCAAGCUGGGGGCGCAGACCUGCUGAAGCAAACACAGGAGCGUUACUUGGCCAAAAAGAAAACCAAAAUCGCCCCGCUGCUAGCCUGUGUUACCCAGAAGAGUUGGAGAGAUAUGGUGUGUGCCUGUAGCCUGAAGAACUGGAGAGAGGCUCUGGCCUUGCUACUGACCUACUCAGGGACAGAGAAAUUCCCUGAGCUCUGUGACAUGCUGGGAACUCGCAUGGAGCAAGAGGGCAGCAGAGCACUAACCUCCGAAGCCAGACUCUGUUACGUGUGCUCAGGGAGUGUGGAGCGGUUGGUGGAGUGCUGGGCAAAAUGCCACCAGGCUUCAUCCCCAAUGGCUCUGCAGGACCUGAUGGAGAAGGUGAUGGUCCUUAACAAGAGCUUGGAGCUACCGGGUCCUGAUGGGGUGAGCCCAGGCCCUGCCACAACCUCCAGGGUCACUCAGUAUGCCCACCUCCUGGCAGCCCAGGGCAGCCUGAACGCUGCCAUGAGCUACCUACCCAGUGACUGUGCUCAGCCACCAAUUCAGCAGCUCAGAGAUCGGCUUUUUCAUGCCCAGUGUUCUGGUGUCUUGGGCCAGCAGUCUCCCCCUUUCCCCUUCCCCCGGGUUGUUGUGGGAGCUACCCCCAACUCUCAAGAGACAUCAUCUCACAGACUGGGAUUCCAGUCUUCUCACCAGGUUCUGACUCCAUCUGUAAGGCCAAGGAUUUCCACACCUCAGUCGUCACUAGUGAUGCCCUCGACAUCUUCCCAUCCUGUCCCUUAUCAGGGCUCCCGAAUGAAGAAUACAAGUGACUAUAGGCCACCUGGUUUCCAGGAAUCCCAGCCUUUGCCCCUGGGCCCUGGGGUAAGGCCCGCUUCCUCUCAGCCACAGCUGUUAGGAAGGCCACGGGUGCAAGCUCCUAACCCUGUGAGAUUCCCUGGAACAUGGCCUCUUCCUGGUCCCCCUCCUCCCAUGGCACCCACAGACAUCAUGCCGCCUGGCUAUGCCUCCCUGCCUGAGACUCCUCGACUGGUCCCUCUGCUUCCUGUGAGAACACCAGGCCUCAGUCCCAUGAACUCCCAGCCGCCAGCCCCUCCUGUCAGCCUCCCUGCAGCACACCCCUUGGGAGGCCCAGGAGCUCCAUGUGCUAGCGCCCCCCCAGCCACCGACCUCUUGACCCCUCAGCCAGGGCCUCAAGAUUCCUUGAAAAAUGCUCCAGUGCCCAGGGGAAGCCUUCAGAGGAGAAAGUUGCCAGAGACAUUUAUGCCCCCAGCACCAAUUACUGCUCCAGUUAUGUGCCUCACCCCUGAGCCACGAGGGCUCCUUUCCUCACAGCCAGCUGUCCCCAGUGUGAGUCAGGCUCCCCCUGGAGCCCCAGGAGAACUCGGCCUGCAGCGGCUUCAGCAGCCACCUGAGAAGAUGGACAGGAAGGAGCUGCCCCCCGAACAUGAGUCCUUGAAGAUCAGCUUCGAGGCGCUUCUGCAACGCUGCUCCCUUUCUGCCACUGACUUAAAGACAAAACGGAAGCUGGAUGAGGCAGCCCAACGCCUAGAAUGUCUGUAUGAGAAGCUCCGCGAGAGGACACUCUCGCCUCCUGUCCUGACUGGGCUCCACGAGGUUGCCCGAUGUGCGGACACAGGGAGCUUUGAGCAGGGCCUCGCCGUGCAUGCCCAGGUGGUGGGCUGCAGCAGCUUCAGCGAGGUCUCCAGCUUCAUGCCUGCCCUCAAGUCUAUCCUCACCAUUGCUCUUAAGCUGCACGUCUGAACCAGCAGCUCCUCCUGCCAGGAGGCCACUUCGACUGUUCCUUAACUCCUGCCUGCAGGGAAGGAGAAUAGAUUCCGUUUGUUUUUUCCCUUGCUGCGGGUGUAUGAUGCUGUAAGCUUGGCUCCAAACCAGCAGAAUGCCUGUUCUCCACCCCUUAAUACCUGGCCCUCUGGGAGCUUCCCCGGGCUCUCUCAGCCUGUUCUUCUUCACUUUCCCUCAAACUGUACUUCGACAAGGCUCGGCACAGGAUGUAUUCUCCCCAGGGAUAUUCUGUCUAAGCGGCUUCUGAGGGGGUAAGCAGGAUCGUUGCUUCCAAGUCUACCUCUGCAGUACCCACCACGUGGGUCUUUUGUUUUACCCCUUCUAUGGACCAUGAGCCUGACCUUACAUUUCCAGGUCCGUAUUUCUCUGAGCCCUGGAGGCUGGGGUAGAGUUGACUGUUCAUCCUUUGAACAAAUCAUAGAUGUGAGGGAUGGGUGCUGAGCAGAACUGAGAAAAGGAUCUUAGUCCCUUUGGGGAAGGGGCUUCUCAUCUGCCAGCAUUGUUAAGGGUGGGCUAAGUGAGAUGGAAGGUGGAAGGGGUGCACUGCCUUUCGCUGAGAGCUGUCUUAGGCUAUAGAAUAGGAGCAGAAGGACCACACUGCCUGUGGGGAAUGGCCCCUGACUUAGACUGAGCCCUGGCCCAAGGCCUAGACCAUUCAUUCUGUGUUAGAAUCCCGGUUCUGGAAUAAGAGCCAUAUUAAUGACUCUUCUGGCACUGCUUCUCAAGGCUUGGAGACCCUUCUCCCCCACCCCCACUCAUCUCAGGGCUGCCUUCUCUGGCUGCACUUUCUUGGUUGGACUCUGUGUUUGAAGCACUGAUGUACUUAAUGUGCAAUAAAGCUGCUUUAAUUUGGUUUCCUCA